AUGGCUGCUUCCCCCGCCCUUUUCUCCCCCAUUUUUGUUUUCUGCCUGCUGACUCUCAGCCCCACGGACUCCCUUGAGCCGGCCCCGGUGGUCUCCAGCCUCCCAGAGGUCACCAACAACUUCCAGAGCGAGGAUCGGUGGGCCCCCCUGCCACGAGCUGUGACACAUCACCGCCGACACAACCUCCAGAAGCAAGAGUGGGCUAACCACGGGAUGCCGGCCCGGGCUAGAGGCUCCGGGGAGCCCGGCCUGCGGCACCUGGGCAGAACUGGGUCGGUGGAGCGGCCCGCCAGCCUCCGACAGAAGGACAUUUUCUUGGGCUUCGCGUUCCCGUAUCCCGAGCAAGAGAACCACGCCCCAGGAUCGGAAAGAGGGAAGAAGCAGAACCGUGAACUCCGACGGCACAGCCGCAGGGACCGGCUGAAACAGCACCGUGGCAAAGGUCCUGAUCCGGGGCCAAGCGCACUAUAUAAAAAGCCUGAAAACUUUGAGGAGCAAUUUCAGACGCCCCAUACAGAAGGUUCUCCUUCAGCACUGGCUCCUACCUCCCUUCUCGGCUCUACGCCAAAGACAUCGACUGAGGAGACGCCCGCUCUCAAAGCCACAUCCCCCCGGCCUCGGCUCCGCGUCAGGCAAGAGGGGGACGUGAUGCCCACCUUGGACAUGAUGCUCUUCGACUGGACAGAUUAUGAAGAUCUCCGGCCAGAUAUGUGGCCCUCGUUCUGGAAGAAAGAGAGACAGCGGAGUAAGACCAGUGGGAACGAAACCACGCCAGCUGAAGGGGAGCCCUGCGACCAUCACCUUGACUGCCUCCCAGGCUGCUGUUGCGAUUUGAGGGAACACCUCUGCAAACCCCACAAUCGCGGCCUGAACAACAAAUGUUACGACGAUUGCAUGUGUGCAGAAGGUCUGCGCUGUUACGCCAAAUUCCACCGCAACCGGAGAGUGACCCGGAGAAAAGGCCGCUGCGUGGAGCCAGAGUCCGCGGAUGGAGAUCAAGGAUCCUUUAUUAAUGUCUAGAAAGAUGCCGGGAAGCUCUUCUGGGCCGGAGGCGUUAAUUUAU